AUGAUGCUGAAAUCUUGUCCAGCGUUGGUCAUAAAGAUUGAAGAGGUGAAUCCUCCACACACCAACCCAAAUCUAUCUGUGAAUGAGGAAAAGCAGGAGGAGCGUCUGAGGAUCGGAGAAUUUUUCUACGGCAUGAUGGAAAACACCAAUAACAGCAACUUCAGCAUUGAUUGCAAUAAAAUUGAGAAUACUUAUCACGUCUUAAGGGACUAUAUUUACUUCAAGGGAGGAUUGACCAAUGUAGUGCAUCUGGUCAUCAUCUGCAUUGGACUUCCUUUGAACCUAGUCUCCAUAUUUUUAGUUUUCAAACUGGUGAAAAAGGGCAACUGUGCUCCAGUUUACGUCGUCAACCUUCUCAUUUCUGAUCUCAUUCAGCUCUGCAGCAGCAUUGCACUGAUGGCACAUAAACAUAACGUCCCCUUUUUCUCCUACAUGAUAGGCCUAAUGGCCAGUGUUGGUUUCAUGGUGUGUCUGUCACUAGAAAGAUACAUGAUCAUUGCCAAGCCUAUGUGGUACAGAUUCCAGCGGGACAUCAGGGGAGCUUUCACUGUGUGUGCUGUGGUCUGGAUCCUCCCUUUUGUUAUUCUCACCACUUUUUAUAUUCAGGUCGAUUCUGGAAUUAAAAAGAUAAUCUUUUCCAGUUUCCUCCUCCUCCCUUUUCCCUCAUUCAUCUUCUUCACAGUUGGCACCAUAAAAUCUCUGUCUGCAGCACAUGGAGUCUCUCCCCCCAAAAAGCAGCGAAUUGUUGCAAUCCAAGUUAUGUUGCUGCUAAUUUAUAUCCUGCUGUUCCUGCCGGUCAUCAUUUAUAUGCUUUUAGAUAUAAAUGAACAACAGCAUCCUAGUUUCACCAGUCUGGCCUUCAUUUGUGUUUAUAUUAGUCCUCUUGCAGACACAGCGAUGUACGUGCUUCUUAGGGAAAGUGUCAUUGACAAAGUUUUGGCUUCAUUGUGUUGCUGUGAAAUGUCCAACAAGCAGGAAAUGAGGCGCCAGGUAGCAGCAGGUCUGACUCCUGACUCCCUGCAGCUCAUCGACCGUCAUCAGGAGAUGGAUUUAAGGACGUGGACGCCAGUCCUUCAACACCUGAGGGUUACUACCUCAGAUUUUAAGAUCUGGUCACCAGAGUCUCAUGCUCAUUUCCUCAUGAACUCUGUUGUUCCUGGACAAUCCCUCAUGGCUGUCUCUGUCCCACUCCCUCUGCUGCUGCAAAACCUGUCUGCCCUCCAACACAAGGCUGCCUCAACUCCCUGGAUACUCACCUGGAGAUCAUGA